AUGAGAGUUCAUACAGGAGAGAAGCCGUUCACAUGUGAUCAGUGUGGAAAGAGUUUCAGUCAAUCAGCAAACCUUAAAGCACACAUGAGGAUCCACACUGGAGAGAAGCCGUUCACAUGUGAUCAAUGUGGGAACAGCUACAGUCAAUCAUCAAGCCUUAAAAAACACAUAAGGAUCCACACUGGAGAGAGACCGUUCACAUGUCAUCAAUGUGACAAAACAUUUCUAGGGUCAUCAGCCCUGAAGAGACAUCUGAGAGUUCAUACAAAGGAGAAGCCAUAUUCAUGUUCUGUGUGUGGAAAGAGUUUUUCACAGCUGAAUAGUUUAAAAGAACAUGAGAAAAUUCAUACUGGUGUGAGAGAGUACAUGUGCUUUGAGUGUGAGAAGACUUUUACUACAUGGAGCGAUUUAAAAAAGCACCAGAGAAUUCACACUGGAGAAAAACCUUUCAAGUGUUCACACUGUGAAAAGAGAUUCAGUCGGUCAGAACAUCUGAAAACACAUGAGAUGAUCCACACUGGAGAAAAACCUUACAAGUGUUCACAGUGUAACAAGAGAUUGAGUCGGUCAGAACAUCUGAAAACACAUGAGAUGAUCCACACUGGAGAGAAACCUUACAAGUGUUCACACUGUGACAAGAGAUUCAGUCUGUCAUCAUAUCUGAAAACACAUGAGAGGAUCCACACUGGAGAAAAACCUUACAAGUGUUCACACUGUGACAAGAGAUUCAAUAAGUCAUUGCAUCUGAAAGCACAUGAGAGGAUCCACACUGGAGAAGCGGCACACGUGUGAUCAGUGUGGAAAGAGUUUCUCUUUUCUCUUAUAUUUGCAGACUAUAUGCACAUAUUGCCACAUAUGUUUAAUAUUUUUAAAAUGGAAAUGAAAAGUGGAAGAGCUGUGUUUUAUAGUUCGUUUGGUAAUACUAUGCAUGCAGUGAAGACUGUAACACUGCCUAAAUAAGGCAGGCUACACAAAUAAAGUUUGUUGUUUUCCCUCCUAGAACUGUUUGAAUGAGUGCAGAUACAACAAAUAACCACAAAACAAAGAAUAAAUGCCAAACCAGAGUGUAUUAUACAAGAUGAAACAGAAAAGCAAUAUAUAAAAAUGUAUACAGUGGUGUGAAAAAGUGCUUGCCCCCUUCCUGAUUUUAUUUUUUUGCAUGUUUGUCACACUUUAAUGUUUAAGAUCAUCAAACUAAUUUAAAUAUGAAUCAAUGA